UUACAAAAUAAAUUGAGUCACAGGCUCAAGACGAAAUUUUAAAAAUAACUCCUUAGCGUUCUCGUAAUUCAUGACGUCAGAGAGCUAUUCCUCUGUUUCUGUGCCAGUUCUUCCACCGUUUCUACUUUCUAGCGCGUUAAAAUAUUUUCCUGAAGAUCAUUCUGAAUAUUCUUUUUUUAUAAACCAUUCUAUUGUUGGGUUCUGUUAAAGUAUAAUAGUGUGUGUGUGUGCUUCAUUUGGGAUACGUUUAUCAGCUAUAGAAUGUAGCCUAUGGAACAUCAUUCUAUGCAGAAUUUUGUUUUUAAAAAUGGCAGCACGUCACCGUAAUGAAGCAACAAUUUACCUGCAACCUGUGGUGGAAAAGGGUUGUGAGACGGCUUCAGCCGAAGCAGGUGACUCGACCAAGAUGAUGUCCACAAAUGGCGAGCUGGGAUCCCUUGUGGACUUCAACAAAAAGGCAUCUGCGGCCACCAUUAUCAACAAGAUCAAUAACUCCACAUACGCAUCCUCAUCUGAAAAGAUGCUUAAGAGCAGCUCUUCAUCCACUAGCAGCAGUUCCGUCCUGAGUAAGAAAGCUCAAAUACUCCAUCAUGCAAUGUCUACCCAAGAGUUGAAACAGCAGCAGCAAGCCCAACAACAGAACGAAUUGUUUCAAGAAAACCGAAACUUCUGUCGUAGUGUGAGUGUCACCAGCAAUUCCAGCGCUAGUUCUGACUCCCGCUUAAAAAUGGUGACCAAUUCUUCUAGCCUAUCUGGAGGUUUAGGACAGAGGAAGCUUUCUGCGGAUGAUCCCAUCUCGGAAGAAGAGUUGGUCCUAAGAGAAUCUUCCCCGCAGGAGAUGAAAUUCGAACAAAAGAGGAUGAGUUCUUCAUCCAAGAUGAAAGUGAGCACCUCGGAUGGCUACACGGCCGAGAAAAUGGCCGCAACUAACCAAGAAAGGAAGAGGUUGCAAUCUGGGAGUGUCAGCUACGAGGAAAAGUCUGCAUCCAGUGCAAUGAAGCAGAAGAUUGAAACCGAUGGAUUUUCUGCUGAAAAGGAGUGAACAAGUCUUCUAUAUCCAGUCAAAAUAUUCAUCAAGUUGAUUUCGGCAACGUCUCGUCAUUGGGAAUGUCAUUCAGUUGUAAUGGAAUUGAGUCAUUCCCUUUUAGUCAAAAUGGUAGCCAAACUCUUUCGAUAAUGCAAGGUUUAGACGAAGAUAUAAGAAUCUUGAGUGGAGAUUCUGAUCCUUCUGAAGUUCAAAAUGCCAUGCAUCGAUUCGGAAGCAGAAUAACUGCAUAUGUAGAAAAACUGAAAACCGCCACUACUGAAGAAUGUAUAAAUAUUUUAUCCGCCAUGAGUGAUAUAGUCAGAAAAGCAUGGGCCAUUCCAAACUAUGGACACGAUCUCGGAAUAGCGCUGUGCAAUAUUCUGCGUGAAAAUGGUUGCUUAAAAAUACUUGUAGACAACUGUAGCUCUGAAAGCAUUGAGUUACGGUUCCGCAGUGCGGAACUUUUAGAGCAGUGCAUGUCUACCGAAAACAGAACUUACGUAGUGGAGAACGGCUUAGAAAAGGUUGUUAAAGUUGCAUGUUCUUGCAGUGACGACAGCUCACUAAGUCGCUUUCGAGUUGGCACAGGUUUAUUAGAACAUCUUUUUAAACACUCUGAAGCUACUUGUAGCGAAGUGAUUCGAAUCGGGGGCUUAAAAUCUAUCGUACAAAAAUGCAGGACAUGUGACAUUACAACGCUACGACACUGUGCCACCGCUCUUGCAAACUUGUCCCUUUACGGAGGGCCAGAAAACCAGGAGGCAAUGAUAAGACACAAAGUCCCCGAGUGGUUAUUUACUCUUGCUUUUAAUAAUGACGAUAAUAUAAAAUACUAUGCUUGCCUGGCAAUAUCAUCUCUAGUUGCCAACAAAGAAAUCGAAGCUGCUGUUCUGAAAUCUGGAACUUUAGGUCUUGUCGAACCCUUCAUAACAAGUCAUAGUCCUGAUGAAUUCGCCAAAGGUCAUGAAGCCCAUAUCAAUGGACAGUCUAACAAUUGGUUAACGAGACUAGUAAAUGUUUUGGACAGCAAACGGGAAGAGGCAAGGAGUCUUGCGGCAUUCCAUUUUGCAAUGGAAGCUGGAAUUAAAAAACGGCAAAAUAAUACUAAGGUAUUUAAAGAUAUAGGAGCAGUUGAAGCUCUAAAGAAAGUAGCGAGCUCGCCGAAUGCUAUAGCAUCCAAAUUUGCUGCACAAGCAUUGCAAAUUAUUGGUGAAGUUGUACCUCACAAACUCUCUCAGCAAGUUCCUUUAUGGACCGAAGAAGAUGUAGAAGAAUGGGUUAAACAAAUAGGUUUUGUUGAUUAUACCACCGCUUUCAAGAACAGUAGAGUGGACGGAGAUCUACUUUUACAAGUAACGGAAGAUAUGUUAAAAGAAGACAUAGGUAUUCAGAAUGGCAUUUUACGAAAAAGGUUUCUCCGAGAGUUGGGACAGUUGAAACGAAUGGCUGAUUACACUUCUUGUGAUUCAACGUAUCUAAAUCAUGUUCUUCAAAAUUUGGGAUUGGAAUUUUCGCAGUAUACUUACCAAAUGCUUCGAUGUGGUGUACAAAAAGAUACUCUGAAAUACAUAAGUGACGAACAUUUGUUAAGGGAUUGCAAUAUUGACAACAGUAUACAUAGGUUAAGAAUUGCACACGCCAUCAAAGGUUUGUCUCAAAUGAGCGAAGAUUCUGAAGACGAGGAAGAUACGCAAAAGAGCCUGGACGUGUUUGUUAGUUACCGACGAUCAAAUGGAUCUCAAUUAGCUAGUUUGCUAAAAGUCCACCUGCAGUUGAGAGGCUUUUCUGUCUUUAUAGACGUUGAACGACUGGAAGCAGGAAAAUUCGACAAUAAUCUACUCAACAGUAUCCGCCAAGCAAAACAUUUUCUGUUAGUUCUCACGCCAAACGCACUUGAAAGGUGCAUGAAUGACACCGAAUGCAAGGAUUGGGUCCAUCGAGAAAUUGUUGAAGCUCUCCAAAGCCAAUGUAAUAUCAUUCCAAUAUUAGACAACUUUCAAUGGCCCGAGCCGGAAACCUUACCUGAAGACAUGAGGGCCGUCUGCUAUUUCAAUGGAGUAAGAUGGAUCCAUGAUUAUCAAGAUGCAUGUGUAGACAAGUUGGAACGUUUCAUGCGAGGUGAAAUGAAUGUGAGAAGUGACGGACCCCUCGGACGAUACGUCGGUAUUGGGGGUGCAGGCACUCCGAGUAAUUUCACACAUCGAGGGAACCCAAUUUACCAACGAAGUUCCAGCAAUGAUAGUAACAAAGGAAGUACGUGUUCAGACAAAGAAAUCAAUAGCAAUGGAAAUCUCGGUGACCUAGUCUCUCAUUGUUAAUUGUGGCCUGCAAUAUAUGUUUCAGAAGAAAAGGACUUGACAUGUUUGCAAGGUAGAAAGCAUACAUAAGAAAUUCAUAUAUAUCCUAUGUAAAAAAACUUUUUAUUUACGAUGGAAAUUUCUUUUUAAAAUAAACUUAUGAAUCCACA